GUUCUGGCUUUAUGGUCACUGAAUGGCUACUUAAAUGGCGGGAAGUGGUUAUUGUUGUGGAAGUUAAUGGUUAUUGGCGUUAGAAUUUAUGACUAUGUAGUAGUUUAAUACUUUGUAGGCUAAUAUAUCUAUUUUUUGUAGUAUUUAAAGGCGGUUAUUGGGUUGGUGGGCGUUGUGUAGGACAUAAAGCCAAUCCAACCCAGUGUAGUCGUGAGGUAAAUUCUUUAGUUUUGAACAUAACCUGUAAACGUUUAAUCUCACAACAUGAGCAAACUAGAAAAUGAGAACAAAAAUGAGAAGUUUGAAGUUGAUGAAAAUUGUCCCGGAAGCAGCAGUGACAGUAACCAGUCUCCAACCAAAGAAAUUGUUUUGACAGACUUUCAGAAAGCACGUAUUGAAGAAAGAAGACAGAAAGCUCUUCUGUUGAGACAUAGGAAACUCAUACCUCACCCGUAUGCAAAAAUAGACAAGAGCUCGCCGGAGAAGAGCAUCAUCAAGGUGCAGGGCUCGAGGUUCGUCGACACGGGCGGGGGGUUCCUCCUGGAGGAGGACGACGACGCGGAGGAGCAGCUCAUGAAGCUGCCGCUGACGCACCAGCCGGCGCCGAUCAUCGAGCCCGACCGCCCAACCUGCCUGGAGUGCCAGGCCGUGUUCAACGACUCCUUCCUCUUCCAGACCUUCGACUACGCCGUGUGCGACGCGUGCAGAGAUAACGAUGACAAACACGCUCUCAUCACCAAGACCGACGCCAAGAAUGAGUACUUGCUCAAGGACUGCGACCUGGAGAAAAGGGAGCCCCCGUUGAAAUUUAUCGUGAAGAAAAACCCACACAACGUUCGUUGGGGAGACAUGAAACUGUACCUUCAGAUCCAGGUAGAAGAAAGAGCCCUAGAAGUCUGGGGCUCAGAGGAGAAAUUACUCGAAGAGAGGGAGCUAAGAGAGGAGAAGAAGAGUAAAGCAAAGAUAAAGAAAUAUAACAAACAAGUAAAAGCACUACGUAUGUCUGUGCGGAGCAGUCUGUAUGAUCGCACACAUUCAUCAUCACACGAGCAUACAUUUGGGCCGGAAACGUACAAUGAAGAUGAAGAUAAUUACUCAAGGACAUGCCAGACUUGUAAAUUUGAAGAAACGUUUGAAAAAAUGUGAUGUGUUUAAAAGAUCUAUUGUGGUAGUCUAUUGGGUAUUUAUUGUCAAUGGUUGAAAUUAGUGUAAGUAAUUAUGUUAUCUAUUUUUUUUUAUCAAGAGUAGCACUAUGUUAUACAUGGUGCAUAUUAAUUUUUAGGCAAUUUUUACUAUCAAAUGUUUUAUAUUGUUUUAACAUAUUAAAUAGGAAAUAUUAUAAUAUAAUUGUAAUGUUUACUUAAUGCUGCAUAUAUUAUGAAAUUCAAUGAAAAAGAGAUGAAUUUGAUC